AUGGAGAAUAAUGUAAAACUAAGUUUUGCUGCUAGAGACCCAUUCUUACUUGAUACAAUUAUUAAUCCAACAGAAAAAGAGUUAAAAGGUGAAGAGUACAUUCAAUAUGGUGAUGCAAAUAUGUACCCAAACUAUAUUUAUGAUUUGUACUUAUAUACUCCAACUCUUCAAUCAGCAAUCAAUUCAUUAACUGAUUAUGUUUGUGGUGAGAAUAUUCAAUCAAAAUGGGAAUAUGCUAAUGACACAGAUACAUUUGAUGAUUUCUUCAAGUAUAUUGCAUUGGACUUUGCACUUUAUGGUGCUUGUGCAAUCAAUGUUGUAAGAAAUAAACUUGGUUCUGUUUGUGCCUUAUAUAGACUUGAUGUUAGAAAUGUAAGAAGUGAUAAGAAGAAUGAGAAUUUUUAUUAUUCAGAGGAAUGGAAUAAGAAAUGGUCAAGAGUUAAAGCAACAAAAUAUCCAAAAUAUGAAGUUGAUUCAGUAAUUCCAAGUUCAAUUCUAUACAUUAAAAAUGGAAACUUACAAACUUAUGGUUUGCCAAUUUGGUGUGCUGCAACUAGGGCAGUUGAAAUGGAAAAGAGAAUCAAUGAUUAUAACUUGAAUAAUAUUAUCAAUGGUUUUAGUUCAUCAUAUAUUGUCAAUUUGAAUGGUGGUGUACCAGAUGAUGAAUUGAAAGAAGAGAUAGAAAAGAAUUUCAAUGAGAAAUUCUGUGGUAGUGAGAAUAGUGGAAGAUUAGUUAUUGCCUAUAAUAAUGAUAAAGACCAUUCAGCAACAAUAGAAGCAAUUCCAGAAGACAAUGUUCAUAAUAAGUUCAUUGAUACAGUUAAAUGGGCAAGAGAACAGAUUUUGUUUGCAUUUAGAGCACCAGCACAAAUCUUAGGUAUUGCUCCAGAUGAUAGAGGUUUUAAUGAUGCUGAUUAUGGUGAAGCAUUUGCAUUAUUCUCUAAAACAGUUGUGUUACCAAUUCAAAAGAAAUUGGUUAAUAUAUUAAAUAAGAAUUUUGAACUGAAUAUUAAAAUAGAACCAUUCAACAUUAAAUUGAAUGAUUCAGCAACUACUAAUAAUGAAUAUGAUUUGAUAGAUGAUGAAAGAUUUGUUUCAUAUAAAUCAUUGCUUGAUAGAUGUCAGUUAUAUCUUUCUUAUAAUACUUUAACCAAGUUGAUAGUUGUUUCUAACUUCCAUAUUGAUAAUUUUGGUGUAUCACAAUCUAAAGAUGAUAAUUUGGAGAAUGUUAAUCUAUCAGAUACAUUCAAAUUAGAAGCAUACUAUCAAAAUAAAGUUGAUGAGUUUACAAAGAGAAUCCAAGAAUAUCUGUUGGCUAAUCAUAAAGAAUACAAAGAACUUUGUAAAGCAGAAUUGGAUGAGAUUCAUUCAAACUUAUAUUCAGCAGCAUCAACUUCAAUUUGGUUGGGUGGUGCUAGAGGAAAAUAUUAUCCUUGGCAUUUCCAUUGUCAUCAUUCUCAUAGUGGUGAACAUAAAGGAAUUGUAAUAGAUACAAAAUAUAUUUUACAAGAUGUGAAUUAUCCUAAAACUGUACAAUGGAAUGCAACAUCAGCAACUAUUAAUUAUACUGGUAUAACUGUUUCAAUCUAUGAUGAUGGAUUUAUUGAAGAAACUGAAGUAGAAAAUGGUAGUAUUAAAAUUGAAUUUCCAGUAAAUAUAUCAGAUAACCCAAUUGAGAUUGAAGGUAUAGAGUUUUGGAAAGACCAAGAAAUACCAUAUUCAAUUAAACAACUUGCAAAUAUAUAUGUAAUUGAUACAACAUAUGAGGUUGUAAAUACAAAUUAUCCAAAAGAAAUUGAUGCUGAAACAACAUCAUUUACAGUUUGUUUUACUGGUAAAACUAUAAAUCAUUAUUCAGAUGGUUCACAAGAUAGUGAAUUAACUACAUAUUGUGAAGAUGUUGAAGUUGAAGAAAAUAUUUCUAGAAAAGAUAAAGAUAUUACUGGAAAGAUAGUUAAAGAUAAUUUUGAAAUCACUUAUAAAGUUGUUCAAAAAGGUAUUCAGAAACAACCAGAGAUUAUUGAUACUGAAUAUGAAGUAAUAGACACAGAUUAUCCAAGUGAAAUUCCAUAUGAUGCAACUUCAAUAACUGUAUGCUAUACUGGUCAAACAACCUAUACUUGGGAUGAUGGUUCAAAGACAUAUGAGAAAGUUACAAAUUGUAUUGAAGUUCCAGUUGAACCAAAUGAUUCAGAGGAUGAUAAGGAGAUAAAAGAAGAUGUUGAAGAUGGUGGUUAUGAAAUACCAAUUGAUGUUAUUCAAGAUGGCAAACCUGUUAAUUGUGAAACAACUUACCAAUCAAAUUAUCCAAAUAGACUAACUGAGGACAAGAAAGAUGAGAUAGAUGCCCAGAGUUUAGGAAUUCAAUUGCUACAUUAUUUAGUACAAGAGUUGGAAGAGACUACACAAUUGAUUGUUGUAAACAACUACACAUUCAAUACAUUCCAAGAGAAGUUUCAAAGUCUUACAGCAGGUGCUUAUGUAAAUGUGACAUUUGGAGUACCUGAUGAUUGCUCCGAGUUAUAA